CUCUACCGAUGUGGUUUUGCACUCCCCCAUUCAGAGUGAUGGGUUCCUGGACAGGGCGCGUUGGGAGAAACCCUUUAGAGAAGUUUUGUGUCUUGGAACAGUGCCCUCCUGUUUUCUUGCCAUACUAGCCUGGCAUAGAGCGCUAGGAGUUCUGGGAAUUCUUUGGGAUGGACAGUGCCUGGAGUGGGGCUGUGGGCAGGAUGGUUGUAGUUAGUUGGACAGUUACAGAGCUCUAAAGCCAUCCCCUUGUGGGGGUCAGAGUGUUCUUGGAAGGGUCAUGCAUUCCCCUGAUAGUGUCUGCUCCUUCCUCUGUGGGUAGAAGCCAGAUGCUAGGAUAUGCUUUCCAGAGGCUGGGAACAUGGCCAGAAAUACGCCUUGUGGGAACAGAGGUCUAGGCCAGUGGUAGUGGAGGGAGAUAACAGGGCAGGGGACUGGAGAAUGAAAGGAGGCUAAAGCAAAAUGUCAUGGCUGGGGUGGGGAGGUGGGGGGUAAUGGGAAACCUACUUAUUCUGGGUUCUGUCCCCAACAGCUCUGGGGACUGACAGCUGAGGACACAGGGUCUGAUAGAACCAGGCAUCUGAUUGGCUGGAGGGAUGUGUGUUCUGCUUAUGUCUCUCUUGUCUUUCUAUCUCUUGGGUCCUGGCAGGGGUUAGGGCUCAGAGGGUUAUAAGGUGGAGAGAAGAAUUAAUAUUGCCAAGGUCUACUACAUGAUAGGUAUUAUUGUAUUCUUUCCUCAGGACCCUUUUAAUUCCCAUUUUACACAUGAAGAAAAUCAAGCAGGGAGGUUAAAUAAGUUGUCCAAGGCAGUGGAACUAGCUAAUAAUUAUGCAGUAUGUCAUGGUUUAGUGGCCUCUUGGUUCCCAAAGUGGAUGAACGGAAAACAGCUUGGGGUGAACGCAAUGGGCAGAAGCGCCCACGUCAUGGGACUCGAGCCAGUGGCUUCUGUGCACCCCGCUACAUGAGCUGCCUCCAGGAUGCGGAACCACCCAGCCCCACUCCUGCAGCUCCUGCACGGUGCCCCUGGCAGGAUGAGGCGUUCAUUCGGAGGGCUGGCCCAGGCAGGGGCAUGGAGCUGGGGUUGCGGGCUGUGGCCCUGGGCUUUGAGGACACUGAGAUGACAACAGCAGGAGGUGGGGCAGCUGACGUGGCACCUGAUGCGGAAUCCAGGAGUGGACGAUCUUGCUGGCGCCGUCUUGUGCAGGUUUUCCAGUCGAAGCAAUUCCGCUCAGCCAAGCUGGAGCGCCUAUACCAACGCUAUUUCUUCCAGAUGAACCAGAGUAGCCUGACGCUGCUGAUGGCAGUGCUGGUGCUGCUCACCGCCGUGUUGCUAGCCUUCCAUGCUGCGCCCACCUCUCCUCAUCCUGCCUAUGUGGUCCUGCUGGUCUGUGCCGCCAUCCUUUUUGUGGCGCUCAUGGUGGUGUGUAACCGACAUAGCUUCCGCCAGGACUCCAUGUGGGUGGUGAGCUACGUGGUGCUGGGCAUCCUGGCAGCUCUGCAGGUUGGGGGUGCCCUGGCAGCCAACCCACACAGCCCCUCAGCAGGCCUCUGGGUCCCCGUGUUCUUUGUCUACAUCACCUACACACUCCUGCCCAUCCGCAUGCGGGCCGCAGUGCUGAGUGGCCUGGGCCUCUCCAUCCUUCAUUUGAUCUUGGCCUGGCAACUCAACCGUGGAGAUGCCUUCCUCUGGAAGCAGCUUGGUGCUAACGUGGUGCUCUUCUUCUGCACCAACGUCAUUGGCAUCUGCACACACUACCCUGCUGAAGUGUCUCAACGCCAAGCCUUUCAGGAGACUCGCGGUUACAUCCAGGCUCGACUGCACCUGCAGCAUGAGAAUCGGCAGCAGGAGCGGCUGCUACUGUCAGUGUUGCCCCAGCAUGUUGCCAUGGAGAUGAAAGAAGAUAUCAACACAAAAAAAGAAGACAUGAUGUUCCACAAGAUCUACAUCCAGAAGCACGACAAUGUCAGCAUCCUAUUUGCAGACAUUGAGGGCUUCACCAGCCUGGCCUCCCAGUGCACUGCGCAGGAACUGGUCAUGACCUUGAAUGAGCUCUUUGCCCGGUUUGACAAGCUGGCAGCGGAAAACCAUUGUCUGAGGAUCAAGAUCUUAGGUGACUGUUACUACUGUGUGUCAGGGCUGCCAGAGGCUCGGGCAGACCAUGCCCACUGCUGUGUGGAGAUGGGGGUGGACAUGAUCGAGGCCAUCUCAUUAGUGCGUGAGGUGACAGGCGUGAAUGUCAACAUGCGUGUGGGCAUCCAUAGUGGACGUGUGCACUGCGGUGUCCUUGGUCUGCGGAAGUGGCAGUUCGAUGUGUGGUCCAACGAUGUAACCCUGGCCAACCACAUGGAGGCAGGGGGCCGGGCUGGCCGCAUCCACAUCACUCGGGCCACGCUGCAGUAUCUGAAUGGAGACUAUGAGGUGGAGCCGGGCCGUGGUGGUGAGCGCAACGCAUAUCUCAAGGAGCAACGCAUUGAGACCUUCCUCAUCCUGGGUGCCAGCCAGAAACGGAAAGAGGAAAAGGCCAUGCUGGCCAAGCUACAGAGGACACGGGCCAAUUCCAUGGAAGGACUGAUGCCACGCUGGGUUCCUGAUCGGGCCUUCUCCCGGACCAAGGACUCCAAGGCGUUCCGCCAGAUGGGCAUUGAUGAUUCCAGCAAAGACAACCGAGGUGCUCAAGAUGCCCUGAACCCUGAGGAUGAGGUUGAUGAGUUCCUGGGCCGUGCCAUUGAUGCCCGCAGCAUCGAUCAGCUGCGGAAGGACCAUGUGCGCCGGUUCCUGCUCACCUUCCAGAGAGAGGAUCUUGAAAAGAAGUACUCACGGAAGGUGGAUCCUCGCUUUGGAGCCUAUGUUGCCUGUGCCCUGUUGGUCUUCUGUUUCAUCUGCUUCAUCCAGCUCCUCAUCUUCCCACACUCCACCCUGAUGCUUGGGAUCUACAUCAGCAUCUUCCUGCUGCUGCUGGUCACUGUACUGAUCUGUGCUGUGUACUCCUGUGGUUCUCUGUUCCCCAAGGUCCUACAGCGUCUAUCCCGGAGCAUUGUUCGCUCCCGGGCACACAGCACAGCAGUUGGCAUCUUCUCAGUCCUGCUUGUGUUCAUCUCUGCCAUUGCCAACAUGUUCACCUGUAACCACACUCCCAUACGGACCUGUGCAGCCCAGAUGUUGAAUUUAACCCCCGCUGACAUCACCACCUGCCACCUACAACAGCUCAAUUACUCUCUGGGCCUGGAUGCUCCCCUGUGUGAGGGCACCGCACCCACCUGCAGCUUCCCUGAGUACUUCGUCGGGAACAUGCUGCUUAGCCUCUUGGCCAGCUCUGUCUUCCUGCACAUCAGCAGCAUUGGCAAGUUGGCCAUGACUAUUGUCUUGGGACUCAUCUAUUUGGUGCUGCUUCUGCUGGGUCCGGCAGCUACCAUCUUUGACAACUAUGACCUCCUGCUUGGUGUCCAUGGCUUGGCUUCUUCCAAUGAGACCUUUAAUGAGCUGGAAUGCCCAGCUUCAGGGAGAGUGGCCCUCAAAUACAUGACCCCCGUGAUUCUGCUGGUGUUUGUGCUGGCACUGUAUCUGCAUGCCCAGCAGGUGGAGUCAACAGCUCGCCUGGACUUCCUCUGGAAACUGCAGGCAACAGGGGAGAAGGAAGAGAUGGAGGAGCUCCAGGCUUACAACCGGCGGCUUCUGCAUAACAUUCUGCCCAAGGAUGUGGCUGCUCACUUCCUGGCCCGGGAACGCCGGAAUGAUGAGCUCUACUAUCAGUCGUGUGAAUGCGUGGCUGUUAUGUUUGCCUCCAUUGCCAAUUUCUCUGAGUUCUAUGUGGAGUUGGAGGCAAACAAUGAGGGUGUCGAGUGCCUGCGGCUGCUCAAUGAGAUCAUCGCUGACUUUGAUGAGAUCAUCAGUGAGGAGCGGUUCCGGCAGCUGGAGAAGAUCAAGACCAUUGGUAGCACAUACAUGGCUGCAUCUGGGCUGAAUGCCAGCACCUAUGAUCAGGUGGGCCGCUCCCACAUCACCGCCCUGGCCGACUACGCCAUGCGGCUCAUGGAGCAGAUGAAGCACAUCAAUGAACACUCCUUCAAUAAUUUCCAGAUGAAGAUUGGACUGAACAUGGGCCCAGUUGUAGCAGGCGUCAUUGGGGCUCGGAAACCACAGUAUGACAUCUGGGGGAACACAGUGAAUGUCUCUAGUCGUAUGGACAGCACAGGGGUUCCUGAUCGAAUACAGGUGACCACGGACCUGUACCAGGUUCUAGCUGCCAAGGGCUACCAACUGGAGUGUCGAGGGGUGGUCAAGGUAAAGGGCAAGGGAGAGAUGACCACCUACUUCCUCAAUGGGGGCCCUAGCAGUUAGCAGGGCCCAGCUACACAUUCACCUGAAGGGAUCAAGGUGGGCAUUGAGUGAACUCUGCUUGCAUGGGCGAGCUGUGGCAAGUGGCACUGAGCCUCCAGAUCUUGCUAAUGACAAAAAGGGAACACUCCAGCAGGCUGUGCCUGGACGAUGGACCAAUGCCUCCGACUGGAUAAUCCAAGAAGCAAUUAUCCAAGCAACUUUCUUCUUUUACUUGGGACAGGCCUGUUCCCUCUCCACGUUCUUCCAGUGUUUGGGAGCAGUCGAGGGGACAGCAGCAGAAGUGGAGGUAGCCCUACCUUCCUGCCUGAGGAAUUUAAAGGGCAACUUGCCAUGCCUAACUGUUUCCCUGUCUGUGGGCAAUGGGCUCAGGGCUUGGUCCUUCCUUCCUUUCUUCUUGUUUUUGUUUUUGUUUUUUCCCUGGGAAUAUUUUGUACAGAGGCUGGGGCAGGCAUGAGGAGUGCCUAUGCCAUGCUUGCCUUUGCUAUACCCAAAACCAGUUUUUGGGUACCACUAGCCUCAGCUAGUUUUGUUUGUUUGUUUUCCUAGCUGCAGGGCAAAGGAAGGGACCCAGCUCUGUUCACAUUUCAGGGGAAUAUUUCCAUUUGCCAAAUCCUAGUCCUAUGAUCUGUCCCCAAAGGGGAACAAAGGGACCUCUGACAGCUCAGAGUUAAGCCUCGAUUCCUACAUGCUCCAGGGAAAGAGGUGUCUGGGUCUCACUGGUACUGUGAAAAUGCCCAGCCAGAGAGAAAGCCUGUGUGUGUGUGGAUGUCAGAAGAUCAGGAGCUGGACGUUCACUUACAGGUGCCAAAGAGUGCAGGAGGCCAGGGAGGGGCCAGUAUUAGCUCCCUCGAUGGCUCCUCCGGCUGUCUGUGGGCAAAGCGGGGCGGGCGGGGCAUGGAGCAUCUCUACCCCUUCUGUUGCCAAAUAGAAAAGGGUCAGGGCACUUUAAGGAAGAUGACCCUGAUCCCAAACCUGGUCCCACCCCAAGACUGGCACUGGGGAGGACCUGUGUGUUUGUGUAACUGUGUGUGCAUGUUGCUGUUUGUGUGCAUAUCUGUUUUCCAGGUCUGUGUGUGUCCUUGUGCUCCUGCUCCUCAGCUGUCCACCUGGGCUGCCCCUCUCCUAGGGGCCUCUGUCUUCUGGGAUUAAGGCAGGGUUUCAUGUUGCAAGAGAUGGAGAGAGAUGCCCGGGUAGUACAGAGGAGAAUGGGGGUGUGUGAUAGAAAAAGGAUGGGCCUGGGGAGAGGAGUUCCUUUUUUUUUUUGUGCCAAAUCCCUAAGUGCCGUUUUGGGGGCCAUGUGUGCAGUAUGACUGUCUCCCCGCCUGGGGCAGGGACCCAAGCAAGCAUUUGCUUGAGCUCCAGUGCUCUAUGCACUGGAACUGUCUGGGGUUUUGGUGGCCAAAAGCCCAGAAAAUUUCUGGGUUUGCCAGCUUGUGUCCUGGAAUGUUGUAGGCAUUGUGACUGGGGUAGUAGCAUGGGCUCCCUCUGAGGACCCAGAUACUGGUACUAGGGGAUGGGGGCAGGGAAACCUUCAACUUCAGUCUCAGUCUAGCCCAGCUAGACUAGCCCCAGCUCCCAAUCCCUGUGAAACAUGCAAAUGCUGGUAGACAGGUUAGGAAGUUGGACUCUAGAUUCCCUUCCUGCCCUUGCCUUCCUUUUACCCCUUUCCCUGCAUCCUCCUUGACUCUGGCCUGAAGUAACUGGUGCCUUGGUUUCUUUUCCUGUACCUAUUUAAGCCAGAGGCAGUAGCCUGAAUUUUGCUUGAAGUUGACUAGGAAGGCAGAGGAGAAAGAGGUUGGGGGAAGGGAGGAGUGGAAGGGACAGGAAGUUUUCUUGCCUAUCCUUAUGCUUCUUCUGAUACCAGCUCCCUGCAAGAGGCCUGAUUUCUGGCUUGGUACUGCCUGCUUUGGAGAUUUUCAUGAAUCAACAAAUGGGCCACCAGGCAACUCAUUUGCCAAAUCAGAGAAGGG